UUGUAAAAUGGGAGCGCUACCGUUCCAGCGCCCAGAAACUUAUCUGAAACUGGUCUUUCGGAAGUCGGUCCACACAGUUGAGUCUGGGGAACUGUUGUAAUAUAACCGCACUAUAAGGAUAGCGGAGCUAUGGUAGGGCUUAAAAGCUCAGCCAAUCACCUCAACUCAUGGAUCUCCAAUUUACGUACAGAUUCGGCUACUUUAAGGAUUCUCGAGGCUGUGAGCGAUUUUGUGCACAGAUUUGCACAAUGUCUCUUGAGUGUCUUGUCAGAAGACAAAGGAUGUUUGCCCACCAAUCCAGCGCUUGCUGAAUUGGGAUUGGGCUCGACUGUAGCAAUUGAGCUGCAUUUCUGGCGGAAGCAGAGCUCCAGCCUUGCUAUUCCUGUCUCUAAGAUCUCGGUUAUGGGUAGCUUAAAAGCACUUUCUUGACACACCGUUGAGAGGUUGUAAAACGAUAUUGUUGAAAGCUAGACAAGGCAC